AUGUGAAUUGGAUUUAGUCGUUAACGAGCGGCCAACAAGAUCAGAUCAAAUUCGGAGAUUCAGUUUUGGUUAACGCAUACAUACACACAACUACCGAACUAGGCAUAUAUAAAAGCAAACAUACAACGGAACGGUGUUUAUAUACAAGUGCAGGCGGUCUACGCACACAUAUACCUAAAUACAUAAGCACACAUACAUACACAUAUACAUAUGUGUUUAUAUGCAUAUCUAAAUAGUUAAAAAAAAUUAAUUUGAGCAGUUGAGAUCAGAGUGUGAUAAUAACUAGAACAACCAAGUCACAGUAAAGCAAACAAAAAGAGCAACAACAACAACAAAAGUCUGUUAAUUUAUAGAAAAAAGUUGAGUUGAAAACGCGUAAAAAGGUGUGGAAAAACAAAGAAAAGUGUAAAAAAAGUGAAAAUUCGCAAAAACAACAGGAAAUUUUUUCCGCAAAAAGCAACAACAACAAUAACGCUAUUUGUUAACAAUUCGAAAGCAACUAAACUGAGCUGAACUGGCGAAGGAAGUGUGUGUCUAGUUUCAUCUAGUAAACUGUGCUCGAGCAUUGAACCAGCCGGCGAUUUUAGAAUGAGCAAAAAUGGGCACAGCAAUCCGACAUUCAUUGGCGACAGUGUUGUCAGCGACAAAACGACCAAACGGUACUCACUAGAGUUGGCUGAAAAAGGUGGCACGACGGUGGGCGUAUCCUCGAAGGAUGCCGGUUACGAUUACAAUCCCUAUGAAAAUCGCGAGGUGGAACAUCCCACGACCAAUUCGGAGACACUCUUCCACUUAUUGAAGGGUUCUUUGGGCACCGGCAUACUUGCUAUGCCAAAUGCCUUCCGGAAUGCCGGCUAUGUAACUGGCACCAUAGGUACCGUUAUCAUUGGUUUCAUCUGCACCUAUUGCAUACAUCAGCUCGUGAAAGCCGAAUAUGAGCUAUGUCGGCGGAAAAAGGUACCAAGCAUGAAUUAUCCCACCGUGGCGGAGAAUGCUUUGCUGGAAGGACCGCCAUUCUUCCGCAAAUUUGCACCCUACAUAGGUCAUGUGGUAAACACCUUUCUGCUGAUCUAUCAAUUGGGCUGUUGUUGUGUCUAUGUCGUUUUCGUAGCCUCAAACAUUAAAUCCAUAGCCGAUUUUUACCUAGAUGAACCCGUCGAUGUGCGUUUAUGCAUGGUAAUAAUACUGUUACCACUAAUCUUCAUCAAUUGGGUUCGCAAUCUGAAAUACCUGGCGCCAUUCUCCACAAUUGCCAAUGGCAUCACAAUGGUUUCGUUCGGCAUUAUCUGCUACUAUAUCUUCCGGGAGCCCUUCACCACCGAGGACAAGGUGGCCGUGGCGCCUUUUGCCGGCUUUCCACUUUUCUUUGGCACAGUGCUCUUUGCCCUAGAAGCUAUCGGCAUCAUACUGCCGUUGGAGAAUGAAAUGAAGACGCCGAAAAAAUUCGGUGGCAGCUGUGGUGUACUCAACGUCGCGAUGGUACUCAUUGUUUUCCUGUACUCUGGCAUGGGUCUGUUUGGCUAUCUGAAUUAUGGUGGUGAAGUUGAGGGUUCCAUUACAUUGAAUUUGCCUUCGAAAGACAUUUUGGCUCAGUGUGUGAAGGGCAUGCUGGCCUUUGCGAUAUAUAUUACACAUGGCCUGGCAUGCUAUGUAGCCAUAGACAUUACGUGGAGCGAUUAUGUAGUGGAGAAAUUGAGUCCGCAGCGAAGCAAACUUUUCUGGGAAUACGUGGUGCGCACUUCUAUGGUGCUGGUGACAUUCUUCCUAGCAGUGGCCAUACCUAAUUUGGAACUUUUUAUUUCGCUCUUCGGUGCGCUCUGCCUUUCGGCGCUCGGCUUGGCUUUCCCGGCAUUAAUUCAGAUCUGUACACAUUGGUAUCAGAGAAAAGGUGUUGCUAAAGUUUGGCUACUAGCCAGCAAUUUUGUGCUUAUCAUAGUCGGCAUACUCGGUCUGAUAAUCGGCACAUCUACAUCGCUAUCGGAAAUCAUCGCCACAUUCUCCAAGUGAGCAGUGAGCAGUGCCACUGCUACACUAAUAUUAUUACAUAAACAUUCUAAAUGAAUUCGUGAUAUUUUAAGUUACUGCUCUAACAAUAAUUAAUAAAACAAAUAAUUUAUUGCAAAGACAAGUAUUAUUUAACAAAAUUACGUAUAAAUACAUACAAAUAUUUGGCUUAAUGUUAAAUAAAAUCCCCUAAUAGUAAUGUAUUUAGCCAAUAUACGAAAUUAAGUUUUUGAAAUUUAAAAUGGCGACUUUUCGAACAGAUCGCUAGAAUAUGAUUAACUGCUCUUGUUAUUUUUCAUUAUAACCCUUAACAGAUAUGGAUAUAUUUUAAGCAAAAUUGUUGCCAUUUUUUUAUGAAAAUAG